AUGGAAAUGGAGGAUUUUUUAUGGGGUAGUGACAUUGAUGGGGAUGUCCCUAAGGGGAAUAGUGAUGGUUUUGAAGAAAGUAAUGGUGUGAUUGGAAGUGGGUGUGGUUCAUCUUUCUCUCUGGUUUUGGAUAGGGAGAGAGGGGAACUUGUAGAGGCUCCUGCUAAAUUGGAAAGGAAAGGGGUGUCCACUGAGAGAAGCAUUGAAGCUUUGAAGAACCAUAGUGAGGCAGAGAGGAGGAGGAGGGCAAGGAUUAAUGCACAUCUUGAUACACUUCGCAGUGUCAUUCCAGGUGCUAUGAAGAUGGACAAAGCAUCAUUACUUGGUGAGGUUAUUAGACAUUUGAAAGAGCUGAAAAGGAAUGCAGCACAUGCUUGUGAAGGUUUGAUGAUACCAAAGGACAAUGAUGAAAUAAGCGUUGAAGAACAAGAGGGUGGGUUAAACGGUUUUCCUUAUUCAAUUAGAGCAUCACUAUGUUGUGAAUAUAAACCUGGCCUGUUGUCUGAUAUAAGACAAGAACUAGAUUCUCUUCAUCUUAAGAUAACAAAGGCAGAUAUUGCAACCUUAGAAGGCAGGAUGAAGAAUGUCUUGGUGCUCAUUAGCUGCAAAGAACAGAACUUUGAAGAUGCUUCAUACCGACAGUUUCUGGCUGGUUCUGUUCACCAAGCUCUUAGGUCUGUGCUCAAUAGAUUUUCUGUCUCACAGGACAUUUUAGGAACCAGGAAAAGAAGAAGGAUUUCUAUAUUCAGUUCUUCAUCUUUAGAAGAUUUCUUGUAA